AUGACCCAGAGUUACAGGGUACCUUGGGUUUAUGACCUCGGGAUAUGGAUUUUUGCUCUAUGUCUCGAUAUCUUCUCCCGCGAAAUCUGCUCCCGAGGCGCAUGGCGCAUCCCCAAAAGCGGGCCGGUGGUAAUUGUCGCUGCCCCUCAUGCCAACCAAUUCGUCGAUUCCGCUGUGCUCAUGCGCAACGUGAGGUGCUAUGCUGGCCGCUGCACUUCUUUUCUCACCGCAGACAAAACUAUGCGUGACCCAUAUAUUGGCACCAUGACUCGCCUUAUGGGAGCAGUAUCUGUGGUCAGGCCUACGGAUCUUGUCAAGCCUGCAGAGGGUACGAUUUGCCUAUCUGAUCCAGAAAAUGAUCCAACUUUGGUCCGCGGGCAAGGAACGAACUUCACCAACACUCGGUUCAUGGAGGGGGGUCUAAUUGUUUUACCUAGGGUGGGCAGAAUGAAUGUCGAACAGCAGGUAAUUGCUGAGAUCCUUGGGCCCGAGGAGCUACGGCUCCGAAGACCAUUCAAAGACUUUGAUAAUGACCACCCUCUCUACGAUGGAUUGCGCAACGGGACCCCAUUUAAUGUUGCACCGUUUGUUGACCAAAGUCGAAUGUUCGACUCUUCUGGUGUGGCUUUAAUUGCCCUAGGCACUUUAGCACGACAACCUGACUGCGGCCUCUCUAUAAUCCCCUGCGGCUUGAAUUACUUCCAUCCAAAUAAAUUUCGCUCCCGCGCCGUUAUAGAGUUUGGUAAUCCAGUUCAAGUUCACCCGGAUCAAAUCGAAGCGUUCAAGAUGGGUGGACACCUCAAACGCAAUGCUGUGGGGUCACUACUGGAAACAAUUAAUGGCUCACUUGCUGCUGUCACUCAACAAGCUCCUGAUCGUGAAACCCUUAUGGUCAUUCAAGCGACAAGAAGACUGUACAAGCCACUACGUAUGAAACUCCCCUUAGCCGUCGUUAUUGAACUCAACCGAAAUCUUCUGAAAGGCUAUACACGAUUCAGGGAUGAACCCAAGGUCGUCCAUUUAAAAAAAGCUGUAUCGGAUUAUAAUGAUCGACUGAAGGCCUUAGGUAUACGGGAUCACCAGGUCGAGUGGGGGGAUGUUGAGCAACGGCCGUGGUGGGUAGUAUUCGGCAUCUUGCUUCUUCGAAUCGGUGAAUUUCUCGCACUAGCAGUGGGCACUCUUCCGUCAAUUGCUUUAUUCUGGCCGGUUUUUGUCAUUACAAAAAUCGUGUCCCUUAAAAAGCAACGUAGUGCGUUAGCAGCCUCCGUUGUUAAGUUAGAAGGACGUGACGUUGUCGGAAGUUGGAAGAUUAUUGUGGAAAUGGGGCUAGCACCAAGUUUGUAUACCUUGCAUACUGCUAUCGCCACUGUUUGGUUGAAUUAUUGUCCCAUGAUGGUCUCCCUCACCGGUCUACGGAUUGGCGAGACAGGCGUUGACCUGAAAUCUCUACCUCCACUGCUGGUUGCUUUGAACCCAAGAUCAGCUUCCUCAUUGACUCAAUUGCGAGCGGAGCGCCAAGCGCUGGCUACCCAAGUUAUAGAGGUAAUUGAUACCUUCGGUCCUGAAAUCCUAUCAAAUUUCGAAUCGGAAAAGCUUGUUCAUGAGAAUCCUACUGAUGAUUCCUAUACGUCUCGACUAAAAAGCAUGCCCCCUAGCCAUUCGAGUAGCAGGAGUAGAAGCGGAUCAGGGACUCCGGACAAAAGAAAUCGGAACCGCGCACUAGAGGAGACGGCGAUUCAGAUGACGAUAUUGUCGUGGUUGACAGUCUUUCCACCAUUGGAACCGGAGAAGCCGAAGAUAGGAAAUCACGAUGACGAUAUCUACCCGGAAGAGUACAAAAGUUUCCAGCUAUAUGAAUCCGCUUGA